AUGAAAAUAAUUCUGCUGUGUGAAACCUGGCGUAAAUGGGAGGGAAGGCUCAUGUAUACAAAUCUAUAGUCUAGGCUUGAAAUUGGAAGGGGCUCUGAGAGAGUGAGCAUCUCCAGUCCUUUUGUACAGCUACAGAGCAGGCUUAAUCCUUUUGCUCUAGGGAAUGAAGUCAGGAGGAUCGUCAGUGCUUCGGUUCUAGAAACCUCCAUACUGUUUGUNAAGGGGCUGUCCCCUUCAAUGCCUGGUUCGAAUCGUAGCGUUCUACAACGUCCAGGGUUGAGAGAUGACCAUGAUGCUCAAGGAAAUCACGAGUAACUCAAGAGGGUAACCUUCUAAUUGCCUGGAGAUAACUUUAUGGCUCCUCCCCUCUAAAUCCCGGUCGAGGCCAGAUCCUCGGAGGAAGAUGUACAUUUACUAUUGACUAGAAAAAAAAAUGCAAAAUUAUUCAAAAUUAUUUAUGAAAAAUCAUCCUUUAUAUAUUGGUCUAAAAAUUAAUUCAACCCUAUUUGA